UAUCAACAUAAGCCUCAUAGACCAGUCGCGAAAUAUCUAAACGAUGCUGCCUACUUUGUAGACAAAACUAGAGUUGGUGCAUCAAAUUAUUGUCGAGGAUUUAUGACCUCGUCUUCACCACCCUGGUGUUACACAAUGGAUCCUGCAGUUCGUGUUGAUAUAUGCCUGAUAGAAAAAUGUCAAGAUGAGACGUGCACAUCCACUGAAUUUGAAUGUCCAGACGGCCGGUGUAUCCCUCAACACUGGAAGUGUGACCAAACACCUGAUUGUUCUGAUGGAUCAGACGAGCAAGGUUGCACAGCUUGUUCGGCAGAAAAGACAGAAUGCCAGAACACCGGUAAACUGCGGCAGUUUGAGACGGACUCUGGUCAGUGCUGUGAUUGUCCACCAGGGCUUACUGGACCUCACUGUGAAGAUUGCGAUCCGUCAGAAGUUGUGUGCUAUAACAAUGGUACCCUGAUAUCACAACUGCAGGAUGGCAACUGUCAAUGUCAGUGUACCCAUGAAUACACUGGAGCCCGCUGUAAACAGUCAACUGAAAAUGGAAGUUCUACAGAAAAAUUUCAUGCCACGGUAUUCCCAAAAUUGGAAAGAUGUCUUACUGACCCUAUUGAUAUCACUAUGAUUGUAGAUGGGAACAUUCUGAAGGGCUCAACACCAAACAAGAAUGAAAUUGUGCGCUCAAUAGAGAAACUACUAUCUUACUUUGGUAAUGACCGAGUUGGGUUGUUAACCUUUCAUACUAACAAGGUUAUACAAAUCAAUAACAACGUGUAUACUACUGACAUAGCAUUCAUUCAAUCUCUGCAAAGAGUGAAAAUUGAAAGUGGCAAUUUCACCUUAGCAGAUGCUCUAGGUGAAACUCUAACAACACAAAUGACACUGACCAAUGGGAGGAGACUAAAUGGAAUAGAUAUUGUUAUAGUUAUAGCCUUCGAUUUAGAGAAAACGGAAUUUGAUUUGGCAGCUAGCAAAGCUCGUGUCCUUCAUGAAAAUAGUAUCCGUGUCAUUGCCAUACCAUUACAUAAUGGCACAGAUUAUACACAGGUUGCUGGGGACAAAGAAAACGUGUUACAGUUUGAUAUGCUGCGAGACAGGACAAUACCCGCGUUUGGACAAACAACUGCACUUUUAAUUUGCAAAGUUUGUGAUUCAACGUGGACUUUCUACAAAGGCCACUGCUACAGACUUUAUGCAGCAGAGGAAGGGGAGACAUCGACCAAUGUUUAUGGUUACAAUGGUAUUCACUGGAUGCAUGCACGAAAGAAAUGUUCUGAACAGAGCAGCCAUCUUGUAUCCAUCAGUGAUGCAAUGGAAGAGACAUUUCUGAUAAAGAAUAUUAUAAAGAUAGAAGGCGACAUUCACAUUGGGCUCCAGCGAUCUGGCAACACUUUUCCGAAACAUUAUCAAGGCAUGUAUAGGUGGACUGACGGAAAACCACCAACUUUUCUGAAAUGGAGGACUGAUAGAGAGUCAUGGCAACCAGAUGGUGCUGCAGCUGAAUCGUGUGUGGCUUGGACAAAGACUUCUGAUCUCUCAUGGUGGAAGGACGUUGGGUGUGGUGACGCUAUUGGCAAAGGGUUCAUCUGUGAAACGGAAGCAAGAAACAAUACUGAACAGAUGGUUAGUCCAAUUGGCCAAGCGCCGACGCAUGUACCAUCCAUAGAUCGGCUCUUAAGAUGCCGCAAUGGUGAAAUCAUUUGGGAAUCUCGGAAGUGUGACGGACAUCCUGACUGCUUAGACGGAAGUGAUGAACAAAGCUGCGGUGAUGUAUGUGCCGACACUCAAUAUCGUUGUAUGUCAAAUGGCAUGUGCCUUUCGUGGGAUUUCUACUGUGAUCAGAUCAGCGAUUGUGUGGAUAAAAGUGAUGAAACCAUGUGCUUUCCGAAGCCGUGUGAUAAUGGCGAAUGGCGUUGUUCUAAUGAUCAGUGUAUUAACAGCUUCAAGGUGUGUGACCUCACACCUGACUGCCGAGAUGGAUCUGAUGAACUCAACUGUAACAGUUGUAAAGGAUUUCGUUGUACGGACGGCACCUGUAUACCCUACAGCUGGCAGUGUGAUGGAAUCGUAGAUUGCCCAGGAACCCAGAAAGAAGAUGAACUUAACAGUAUUUGUAAAGUUCUAAUAUCAAGUGAUAUAU